AUGUUCCGACUCAAGCCGAUGCCCUUCAAGGGCGGUUUACAGCCGACCUUGCACGAGGACCUGGCAUCAGUACGUGCAAAUGGGCCGCUGGCAUCCAUCCGAACCGGCGAUGCAUAUGAAAAGCACCUCAGCAAAUGCUUGGAUCGAGCAUUCGAGGCCUUCGAUGAGAUCGAGUUCAGAUUCCCAGGCUUUUCAGCGGCCUUUGCCGAUGAAAUUCUUUGCAUGGCCAGCUUGGCUGAGACAUUAGACUCUGCAGUCCAGACUGCCCUCGUUCACGGACCAGUCGCCGAAAUGGACCGAGAUGUACAGCACUUCCCAGAGUCAGCCAAGCGCCCCUGGUUCUCCAAAGUUGCCUCGAUGCUUGAUUUGUCUUCGGGCGGCAAAAAGCUCGCAAUGAUCAACGCCGGCUGGUGCCCUGGUGAUAUCACUAAGAUCGGCGAAAGCUUCAAUACCAUCGCCGCUUUCUACUACUUUAGCAAGUUCAAGGCGGAUUCAACAGUGGCAGACUCACACAAAGAAUGCCCCGAAUAUGGUUGCGGUCUCAGAAUACCGGCAGAGCCUAAACACAUGAGUGAGGGUUGCGACUGCCCGGGAAUGGUUUCUUUUGAUGAGGAAAACCUUAUAGACAUCUACCAAAAGGGCGAUGUCCCUUGCUUUUCUAUUGGAAGGCUUGAAGACGGCAGUUUGGGCAUCGCUCUCAGUUCCUGCAGCAUCGACGAAGAGUCGCAGAAGGACCCCAACAAUCAUUACGUCGCUCUCUCACACGUAUGGUCAGAGGGUAUGGGCAAUCCAGCGGCGAAUGCCCUGCCCUUUUGUCAGUUGGCUUACGUACAACACUGGGCGAUGAUGGCAUACCAAGUCGUGGAAGAGAAAGAAGCAGACGAAUCUAAGGAUGGCACAGGGAUCAUGAUCCAAACGAAACCCAAAAUACGCCAGCUCAAUAUCUGGAUUGACACUAUGUGUUGUCCUGCGACUCCUGGAUAUGGGAAGAAUCUCUGCCUCUCCAUGAUGCGAGAAAUCUACUCAAACGCCAAUGUUGUCAUGGUGAGAAGCGCAGUGCUUGGAGCCUUGGAGAUAGGCGACAUUGUACGGGAUCCAUCUAGGGGGGUGAUGGACGUCGCAGCACAGGUGUACCUAUCUCCUUACAUGCGCAGGAUGUGGACAUUACAAGAGGCAGUCCUAGCUGGAGCCUCCAGAGCUCGAGGCAUUGGCGACCGGCUCUGUCUGUCAUUCGCUGAUGGCAUCCUCUCACUCGAGUCAAUCAUCAACCUUCUAAAGCAAGCACCCCGACAAGAGGCCUUGUUGGCAUACCGUUUCAUGGCAGAAUUCCGCGAUCUCAGCACUCAUAUGUGGCAGCUGGGGGACGAUGAUAACGAAAAGCCAAUGAAGCACAAUCUGAAGGGGUUUGACUUCUUCUUGAACAUGCUCACCGUUGCCUUGAAAUACCGCAACGUCACGGUUGCGUCCGACGAGGUGAUUUGCUUGGCUACGCUGCUGAAUCUGCGUAUCAACAGCACACAGGGAGUCGUACCUCUCAUUGGUCACGGAGAGACUCCAGAGGAGGGCAUGUGUGAGUUGUGGAGGAGGCUCCAGGCCCUCGGCGGGAGUCUGCCAUCUGACCUUAUCUUCUCCUCUAUCCCGCGUGUUCAGGUGCCAGGAUACCGGUGGGCACCCGCAACUCUUGUCCAGUACGCGAAACACGGCAAUCUUUACGUUUCUCAUUCCAGUGCGUAUCCGGCGAAGAUUACCGACAAGGGUCUACACGUGAGGCUUCCUGGGGCGCGACUCACGAGUCUGGCUGCCUCUGGUUCAUUUGGCAGGUUACUCCCAAAGGUAUCUGCGAAUGGCGAGAAGGAUAUCCGUCCGAGAGAUGAAGCCACACCCCCUUCGGUAUUCUUGGCAAAGUUACAAGUAGAUGAAGUUGGGUGGUUCGCUGUCAGAAUUCACAACGACUCCAAUUCAAGCCAGAGGCUAAGUCUUCUCCAACUUCUCGGAAGCAAGUCAGCAGCGUUGAUAUACCAAAAUACCAAUAUCAGCGGGCCAGGUCUGCUCGUUUCAAUUGCAUCGCCACCGUCAGAUCUGAGCGCUCUCGACAUCCUGAGUCUGAACCAGGAGCCCCUCCAAAGCACAAGUGAAUUUUCGGUAAAGAUAAUACCACUCAGCGGCGGGGCUAGCAUCAUUGCUGAAGCAGCCAGCAACUGUGUCGAAGAGCUAAACCGAAGGGUUGUGGCUGAAUCAAGACAGCGGGGAGGCGGAGAUACCGUUGAGAACGUCUGGGAAGAUGCGCUUGUCAUUGCCGACCUAUUCAAGCAAACGGCCGAGAUAACUGUGGAAGAGUCCAGUGCAGCCCUGAAAGAAGCCUUGUAUUUCGAGGUGUUGUCUACGAAAGCCUCUGCCACUUACGAGGCCGCCACCGAGCGCUUCAUGCAGUAUGUGCGCCAGGUGGCGUACUUUGGCGGCGGUAUAAGGUGCGAGUCGUAUCCGGAGGACCAAGACUGGUAUGUGGAUUGA